AUGAUGCAUCCUCAAGUCUUCAUUUCUGGCCUCAUACUUCUUCUCCCAGGUGCUGUGGAUUCUUAUGUAGCAGUGAAGGGGGUGGUGGGUCACCCUGUCACACUGCCGUGUACUUACUCAACAUUUUUUGGAACCUUUAACACGUGCUGGGGCCAGGGGCCAUGCCCGUCUUCUCGUUGUGCAAACACACUUAUCUGGACCAAUGGAUACCGCAUCACCUAUCAGAGGAGCAGCAGAUACCAGCUAAAGGGGAAUAUUUCGGGAGGAAACGUGUCCUUGACAAUAGAGAACGCUGUCGAGAGUGACAGUGGUCUGUAUUGUUGUCGCGUGGAGGUUCGUGGAUGGUUCAAUGAUCAAAAAGUGGAAGUUAAACCAGAAAUUCUCACGAGUCCUCCAACAAGACCCACAACUACAGGGAGACCCACAACUAUAGAGAGACCCACAACUACGAGACCCACGACUCUGUCAACAGGACCCACACGUGUACCAGCAUCACCCAGAGACUCCACCUCUGCUCCUACAACACCAGCGCACACGCAGACUCACACACCUGAACCCACUACAUCUUACCCAAGUCAGACUACAGCCCAGGUGACAGAAAUCGCAUCCUACACUCCUGCAGACUGGAAUAACACUGUGACAUCCUCAGACGACUCUCGGAAUAAUGACACUAGAAAUGAUAAGCAUGUUCUGAUUAUGAAGUCAAUGUUUUGUGGGUGCAGUAGACACACGUGCAGUCCAAGCUCUCAGGAGGGUAAGGAAGAAGGAUCAGAGGUUCCAGGUCAUUGUCAACUAGUGAAAUUCCGAACAGCCUGGGAUCAGGAGACGCUGUCAGAACAACAAACAAACCUUAGAUGCCCCACAGCACAAGUAGGGUCUGUGAUGAAGGACCAGACAGGGGCUGAGCACACUGAGGGCAAGGAAUCUGUCUCUUUGUGGAAGACACAGAAGAACAUGAGUAACGACGUCUCCACUGGAGUUUCCACCGCUGUCCUGCUGUUGCUGCUGCUUGUGUGCAUUGCAGUUAUCACCAAAAAGGCAAAUGAGACAUUGGUUGGAAACCCCAUGACUAAUGCAGGAACAGACUAUCUGAAGGUGGCACCCAGGCCUACAUGGCCCUUUCCAUGA